AUGAGACGAGAUAACCUGUUUCGUUCCGUUGAGCAAGGCGGUCUUGGGCUUUUACACGUCUUUUUAAAACAAAUUAUAUCACGUUUCUUGUUCUUCAGAACUGUGUCUCAUGACUUCCUUCGAACUUACAUGCAGACAGAGCUUUCAAGUGCAUUGCCGUAUUUGGUAGUAACAACAGUGCCUGCGAGCACAUCACGUCCCUUGGGAUACCUCAGAGAGGUAGUGAGCCCAAUAGAGUUCCUUAAAGCACGUUUUUCUUUGGAAUACUUAUUUAAAGUGUCGCGGAAAGCUCUAUAUGUUGAUCUCAUCAAUGCAUUAUUUUCUAUACCUUUGUACCGAAGUAUGUUCAGUAAUGGCCCGGGACAAGACGUCCUGAAACGUGUGUGUAAGCUACAUGUCUCACCGACAGCGAAGUCAUUCUUUUACAAGCUCCACACUUCAACGUUGCCGGUAAAGCCUUGGCUUCGCGAAAAAGGUAUAUUUGUUCCUUGGUCAGUGAACUGCCGUUUGUGCAACCAGCCUGAAACAAUAGAACAUUGCUUUAUUUUUUGCACCGACGCCUAUUUGUUUUGGGAUGUCCUACAAAGGACAUUGAAGAAAGAUCUGAAUAUCUGUGCAUAUACGAUACGUUUUUUGCCUUUAAACCAGAAUGAUACUUUUCCUUAUGACCUGUUCACAUUGAUGGGUCUGCAUAGCCUUUGGAAAACAAGGAUGAUUGAUAGAAAUGCUGAUCCUCCACGGUCUACAAAGUCCAAUUUCAUAGAAACUGUAUCACAUGUACGUAAUGUGUACGACCACCUCAAGAAACGCCCAGAAUGGUAUACCCUUCUUGACAAAUGUGUUCAUCUUCCCGACUUUUAG